AUGGAUCAGCUGGACUGCCUUCCGACCUGCAGGGGAGUCUACCAGGUGCUCGAUCACAAGAAGCAGCUGUUUGCUGUGAAGUGCGUCGACGUCGAGGAGGCGGACGCUCAGACGAUAGAAAGCUACAAGAAUGAGAUCGAACAUCUGAACCGCUUGCAGCAGUACAGCGAUCAAAUCAUCAAGCUCUACGACUACGAAAUAACCGACAGCUACAUCUACAUGCGGAUGGAGUGUGGAAACUUGGAUCUGAACACGUGGUUGAGGAACCGCAAGACGGUGAAUCCUCUGGAGAGGAAGUUCUACUGGAAGAACAUGCUGGAGGCCGUCCAGACCAUCCACAAACACGGAAUUGUCCACAGUGACUUGAAGCCCGCCAAUUUCGUCAUCGUGAACGCGUCGCUGAAGUUGAUCGACUUUGGCAUCGCCAACAGAAUCCAGCCAGAUGUUACGAGCAUCAUGAAGGAUUCACAGGUUGGGACCUUGAACUACAUGUCCCCCGAAGCCAUCAAGGACACCUCGUCCCAGGCAGGAAAAGCCCGCUCGAAGAUCAGUCCCAAAGGUGACGUGUGGUCACUCGGUUGCAUCCUGUACUGCAUGACUUAUGGGAAAACGCCAUUCCAAAGGAUCACCAAUCAGAUCGCCAAGCUGCACGCCAUCAUCGACACUUCUCACCAGAUGGAAUUCCCCGAUAUCGCGGAGAAGGAUUUGCUGGAUGUGUUGAAGAGGUGCUUAGUACGAAACCCCAGAGAGAGAAUAUCUAUUGCAGAGCUGCUGGAGCAUCAAUACCUGCAGCUGAAACCACAAGCGUCACCUGGACCAGAAUGUCCUACUCACCGUGAGCUCCAGAAGAUCAUCAUGGACCUCGCCGCCCUCCAGUCUCCAAACAGCAUCGCCCGAGCUGUGAACAAUUUGGCCAAGAUGUGCAGCAGCGGCGGGAAGUUGGACGUUGCGGAGUGCGCCAAGUCGUCAACCUAGUUGUGCUGGAAUGCGAUGUGGAUUUUUCUUUUUGUAACCCCUCUUACUCACUUUUAUAUAAGAUGUAGAACUAACAAAGCAAUGUUUGUGGCUUCGGCUCAAAAUCAUUUAAAUUGCUUCAUUUUUACUCCAUUCGAGUGACUGAUAAUAAAUGUGAACAUACAGUACAGUUAAAUAAAAGUACUGUGUCCUUAG